UCAGACAUAACCUCACAUUUUAAAGUAAAAGAAAACGUCUCAUAAACUUAUUUUCUCAUAUUGAAAUGAAUCAAGCAGAAGUCUCAAAAUUAGUGUCUCAAUUACGUAUAAAAGUAAAUCCUAGAUUAAGGAAGUUUAGAAAUCCCAAAGGGCCUGAAGAGAGAUUAAAUAAGUUAAGAAAAACAGUCACGGCCUUAGUGAAGCAUGAACGGAUAGAAUUAAACUAUCCUAGAGCAGACGAGGCGAGAAUGUAUGCAGAAAGGUUAAUAUCUGAUGCAAUUCGCUACGGAGACUGCCACAAAACCACCAUGGAAAUGGCCGACUAUUGGCUAGUAGAAAAACAGUUGGUGCACAAACUAUUCAAAGUGCUUGUUCCUAGAUUUGAAAAUAGUACCACUUGUUACACAAGGCUACUUAAAGCACCCAAGCCAUAUCCAGGUGAUCAAUAUAAGAAAGCAGUCUUGGAAUUAAAAGGGAAUCCUUAUCCAUCACUCCUGCCUGACACACACACCAACAGGAAUUUGAUACAUAAUGUUUUAUUGGACGAAGCGAGGAAAGCCUAUAGGUUAAAGAAAUACAAGGAGAUUGCUUCAAAAAUCGAUGCAGCAGAGGUUAAAAUAAGGGAGGCGGGUAGUAAGAAGACAGAUGUAACAGUCGAGGAUGGUAAAAGCAAUGUGGAGAGCAAGAAAGAAGCCGAAGGAAGUGAUAAAAAGGAGAGCGCAGAUAGUGAUAGUGUAAGAUAGGGUAUUUGUGAUUUCUUUUUUAAAAUAUAUUUUUUAGAUUUAGUUGUGAUGUAUAUUUAAAAGAAAAGUGGACUUGAAUUUUGU